GCGCCCCCGCGCUGGAGGGCGGAGCGGGCCGCAGACCCAGAGCAGCAUGUGGACUCUCGGCCGCCGCUCAGCCGCGGGCUUCCUACUUUGGCCGUCGUACACCAGCCCGGCCCAGGUCCAGACUGUCACCCGGGCCCCGCGGCCGGGGGAGUUGGCCCAGCUCUGCGACUGCCGCGCCCUGCACACCGGAAUCGCAAAGAUCUGCGCGUCCCGCCACGCCAGUUUGAAUCUCCGUGGUCUCAACCAGAUUCAGAAUGUCAAAAAGCAGAGUGCCUAUUUGAUGAAUUUGAGGAAAACGGGAACUUUGGGUCACCCAGGCUCUCUAGAUGAGACCACCUAUGAAAGACUAGCAGAGGAAACGCUGGACUCCUUAGCAGAGUUUUUUGAAGACCUUGCAGACAAGCCAUACACAUUUGAAGACUAUGAUGUUUCCUUUGGGAGUGGUGUCUUAACUGUUAAACUGGGUGGAGAUCUCGGAACUUAUGUGAUCAACAAGCAGACGCCAAACAAGCAAAUCUGGCUAUCAUCUCCAUCCAGCACCAUGGAGAGGUUCUUCAGGGGCAAACCGCAGAUGAUCUGAAUGACAGCGCUGACCGUCAGCAAACUGCAGAGCGGCCUGACCAAGAAAUUGCAAGACAGAAGCAAUGCUUGCAGGCAGAAAAGGAGGAGAGGGCCAGACACGGUGGCUCACGCCUGUAAACCCAGCACUUUGGGAGGCCGAGGCAGGCAGAUUACUUGAGGUCAGGAGUUUGAGACCAGCCUGGCCAACAUGGUGAAACCCUAAAAAUACCAAAUACCUCUACUAAAAAUACAAAAAUUUAGCUGGGCAUGGUGGCAGGCACCUGUAAUCCCAGCUACUUGGGAGGCUAAGACAGGAGAAUUGCUUGAACCCAAGAGGUGGAGGUUGUAAUGAGCUGAGAUCGUGCCACUGCACUCCAACCUGGGUGACAGAGCAAGAUUCUGUCUCAAAAAAGGAGAAGGAAAGACCAAGGCAGGAAUGAAACAGGCCAUGAAUGUUGGAGUAAAGCAACUGACCUCCCUGCCCCACACCCCGCUGAGUGUCCUGCCUCUGCUCAAGCGUGAUGGGGACUUGCCAGUGAAAGGGAACAGGGAAGCUGGACAUGGUGGUCCCUCAGCAUCCCAGCCACAAGUCCCUCUGAAGAGUGUGGAUGACAAUCGUGACUUAGGUGCAUCUUUCAAAUGUCCUGAGGGGAAGAUUGUAGAAGCAAACCAAAUAACACUCAGCUCAAGUCCAAACUCUGCUCGGGGAGUAGGCCUCUGUAGGACGCAAGGGCACAGUGGAAGACAGAGCCCCCGAGGCUGCAGCUGAUGCGGCCUCUGCCUGAACUGCACCAAAAACCUAAUGAGGCCAUAGCGGGAGUCCACAAAGACCUGCUGCCCAGACCUCUACCAGAGAAUAAACAAAGUGCAUAAAAACUUCAACUGCAUGUGUCACACCCAUGACCAAGAAGCUGGCCCAAAACCUGGCCCAGGAAUUAAAGAAAGACACUUCCAGUUGUCAGGGGGAGAUCCUCUGCUAUAAGAAAAUGGCCCAGGGGGCAGGCACAGUAGCUCAUGCCUGUAAUCCUAGCUCUUUGGGAGGCCAAGGCAGCAGAUCACUUGAGCUCAGGAGUUCAAGGCCAGCCUGGGCAACAUGAUGAAACCCUGUCUCUACCAAAAGUACAAAAAUUAACCGGGCAUGGUGUGCAUGCCUGUGGUCCCAGCUACUUGGGAGGCGGAGAUGAGAGGAUUGCUUGAACCUCGGAGGCGGAGGUUGCAGUGAGCUGAGAUCACACCAUUGCACUCCAGCUUAGGUGACAGAGUGAGCCCCCAUCUCAAAAAGAAAAGAAAACAGCCCAGGAAGGCUGGUGGCCACCGUGUCCGCUGAGAGAGUGCUCCAGACACUCCAGAAAGAAAAUGACCACAAUAGGCAGAAACCAGCUGACUGUGAGGCCAAGUUCCAGCCUUUUCCAAGUGGCCUUUGGCUCCUGGGGCACCACCCAUAGCUGACAGGAGCCCAGAAGUGCCCUUGGGACCAUGGGCUGCCAGGGACCCCAGGAGAGAGGCAGGUCACAAUGGGAGGGCUUGGGUCCAGGGCUCCAGCCAGUUUGAUUCUAUUUUCCCUGUGGCUGGGCCCUGAAUGCCCAGAGACUCAGCGGAACACCAGCCAGUCCUGCUCCCUUUGAAGCACUUUUGAUUGAUCUCUUGUUAAUUUAGCAACUAUUAUUAGUUGACUUGCUCUUAUUGAAGUUUGAUCGAUAGUGUUAGGAAGGCACUGUUUUUCAAAUAAAGGUUGUUUAAUAUUUUUUAAAAAAUUGGUUUUUCACAUUGGUUUAAAAUAUCUUCCAUCAGGCUGCAUUUCUAAUUUUUUUUUUCAUUUUGCUUAGUUUUAAUUAAAAAUAAUUCUUUCUGUCAACACGGGGUCUCACUUUGUUGCCUAGAUUGUCUCAAAUUUGUGGCUUCAAGCAGUCCUCCCACAUCAGCCUCCCAAAGUGCUGGGGUUAUGUGUGUGAGCCACUGCAACGGCCUGUUUUUUUCUUAAGUUGACAACUUUUCAGGUCCUGUGGAAUCAGCGGUCUUUCCUCCUACCUUGCCCACCCUAAGGAGGUUGCAGGAUGGAAUAAAGGAGAGUUCUAGGGACACUUGGGCAUCAGUUCCUGUGCUCAGAGUGCCUCAGGCAGUGUAGAGGGGUCUGGAGGUUACUCAGGCUCUGGCUGGCAACCUGAUAGUAGCAUCGGAGCAUAGAGCUAAGGGGACGGUCCUUGGGCUUGGUGUGGUUUAUUAGUCCUUUUUAUGUGACCCUGAUGGUUAGCUUCACUCAUUUUUUUGUUUUGUUUUGUUUUGUUUUUUGAGACUGACUCACUCUUUAGACCAGGCUGGAGUGCAGUGGCGCAAUCCUGGCUCACUGCAACCUCUGCCUCCCGGGUUCAAGCAAUUCUCCUUAGUCUCCCGAGUAGCUAGGACUACUGGCGCAUGCCACCACACCCGGCCAAUUUUUUGUAUUUUUAGUAGAGACGGGGCUUCACCAUGUUAGUCAGGAUGGUCUCUAUCUCCUGCCCUCAUGAUCUGCCUGCCUCGGCCUCCCAAAGUGGUGAGAUUACAGAUUUGAGCCACCACACCUGAUGUGGUUCACUCAUUUUUUAAUCUCCAUAUUGGGAAGAGGUUCUAGCCCCAGCAUUUGGUUAAUAAUGCAGGAAUUCUUGAUGCUUUAUAGCCCAAGCUUCCCUUCCUGGUGAGUUCCUCCUAGCCUUGGUCUUUGGAAAAGCCCUUCUUGAGUGCUCAGGCAGACUCAGGUGCCCUUUCUUCUGGGCUCCUGUGCACUCUGCUCUUACCUUCAUCAGGGCACCACAUGCACCAGCGUUAUCUGCUGCCAUGGCCACCCAUCCACAAAGCCAUGAGGAAGUGGAAUGUACAUCUGGAAUACCAAGACAUGGCAGAAGCCAGCCUCCAAUCUGCUCACACAAUGGUGAAGUACAUGUGCCAUUGUUCACUGGAUGAGCUUGAAGUAGAUGAACUAGCCCACCAGGCUCUCAACUUCAUGAAUUUAACAUUGAAUUAAGAAAAAUGUUUUUUAAAAAAUAAGUUUAAGUCCGGGCUCAGUGACUCAUGCCUGUAAUCCCAGCACUUUGGAAGGCCAAGGCAGGCGGAUCACCUGAGGUCGCGAGUUUGAGACCAGCCUGACCAACAUGGAGAAACCCCAUCUCUACUAAAAAUAAAAUUAGCCGGGCGUGGUGGUGGAUACCUGCAAUCCCAGCUACUCAGGAGGCUGAGGCAGGAGAAUUGCUUGAACCUGGGAGGCAGAGGUUUUGGUCAGCCAAGAUCGCACCACUGCACUCCAGCCUGGGCAACAAGAGUGAAACUUCAUCUCAUAAAAAAGAUGAUUGCUGGGGUGCUGGGAGAGGAAGGAAUGGGGAAUAACUGUUUAAUGGGUAUAGUAGGCUGUCUGUAUCUGUGGGUUCUGCAUUUGCUAUCCAACCAACCAUGGGUCAAAAUAUUUGAAAAUGAAAACCAUAGUAAAACAACAAAAAUGAUACAUAUUAAAAACCAAUAUAAAAACCAUCAACAUAGCCUUUACAUUGUACUAGGCAUUAUAAGUAAUCUAGAGAUGACUUAAAGUAUACGGGAGGAUGUGCCUAAGUUAGAUGCAAGUACUGUACCAUUUCAUAUCAGGGACUUGAGUACCCACAGAUUGGGGAUCUGCAGAUCCUGGAACCCCUUCUCCAUCGAUACCAAGGAACGACAGCGCUGGGUCUCCCUUUGGGGUGCUGCAGAUGUUUUGGAGCUGGAUAGAGGUAGUGGUUGCACAACAUUGUAAAUGUACUAAAUGCCACCGAAUUGUUCAUUUUUAAAUGGUUAAUUUUACGUGAAUUUCAUUCUAACAACUAAUAACAGUAUAGGUAAGGCACAAAUUGCAUCAGGCACAAAAAUGGCCCUAAUUUUUAAAACACUGCUCUAGCAUAGCAGUUAUCAUAUGUAAGGUAGCAAAAGCUAGAGAUCAGAGUGUGAUACCUGGAGACUUUAUCAGUAAAAGUCAAAUGAUUUUUCAGGUUUUGAGACUCAUUCUGGGAAUUGUUCCAGAAGAUAUAUUGUAUAACUCUUCUUAGAUGCUACGAUAAGAAACUAGGGCUGGGCACAGUGGCUCAUGCCUGUAAUCCCAGCACUUUGAGAGACCGAGCCGAGACAGGCGGAUCACGAGGUCAGGAAUUCAAGACCAGCCGGGCCAACAUGAUGAAAGCUAUCUCUACUAAAAAAAAAAAAAUACAAAAUUAGCCAGGUGUGGUGGCACAUGCCUGUAAUGCCAGCUACUUGUGAAGCUGAGGCAGGAAAAUCGCUUGAAGCCAGGAGGCAGAGGUUGCGGUGAGCCAAGAUUACCCUACUGCACUCCAGCCUGGGCAACAAGAAUAAAAAUCCAUCUCAAAAAAAAAAAAAAGAAAGAAAGAAAGAAAUCAGGUAUAUACUGUAGUUCAAUUCAUGUUAUUUUCUGGGGCUUUACUCCAGUCAAUUUCAUGGGGGCAGCGUUUGUGGAAUCAGUGGUUCAUCUGAGGGGCUGCGCUGUGGAAUUACCAUGUAUUUGUUUU